GUCUGCUAUAGGCUGCGCUGCUCUGAUCGGUCUACGAGUGGUAUUUCCCUAUAGUCUCACGGCACGCAGCGUGAGACUGAAGCACAUCUGCAACGGGACGGCAUUCGCCUCCAGCGAUGGUAUGGCCUGCGUUGAGGAAAGGCUGAGGCAGGAGUUGUAUAAGAACAGCUUGAUGGCCUCGGCUGUUAAGCUAGCCUGCUCUCCCAAACACGAGCGCGACCUGUGUUCAUGAUGAAGUUCAUUUUUGUUGCUUCGGCCAUUCCAGCCCUUGUGGCAGCACUGCCAGCUCCCGCUUCCUCUGGAGAGGCAGAGAUCAUAUGGGAUAAAGACGCCAAACUUGACGCUCCAACAGGAUCGUCACACCGCAAUGAGAAUGCACCCCCUCGGGAAGAAUACAUGGAAGCCGGCAUCGUCGGUGGAUAUACCGCCAACCCAGGAGAAUUCCCAACCACUAUCUCACUUUUGAAUGGCGGAAGCCACAGCUGCGGAGGUGCUCUGAUCGACCCAUACACUGUCCUGACUGCUGCUCACUGCGUCGAAAUGGGCGGAAGCUUUACUGUAGUCGCUGGAACCAAUCAAUGGAGAUUUGGCGGCGAGGAGAGUGGUGUAACGCAAGCCAUAAUCCAUGGCGGAUAUGACCCAAGCACUCUCGACAAUGAUUUCGCCAUCUUGAAAUUAUCGACUCCGAUCUUCGAGGGUCCAAACAUUGCUUAUGCGAUUCUGCCUCCUGCAGGCUCCGACCCGGCUCCUGAUACUCCAGCCACUGUGGCAGGCUGGGGUGCCACUCGUAACAAUGGCCCAGCUACGGAGGACCUCAUGGCAGUCCAAGUUCCUGUCGUACAUCCUGACACUUGCGCGGACGUUCUGUUCCCGCAGCCAUUCACUCAGAACAUGAUUUGCGCUGGCUAUCCCGAGGGAGGGCGCGACUCUUGCCAGGGAGACAGCGGUGGUCCGCUAUAUGAUGACUUUACCGGCGAGGUUAUUGGAGUCGUGUCUUUUGGCUUGAAUGGUUGCGCGGCGCCACAGAGUCCUGGCGUCUAUGCACGUGUGGGAAGAGCCAUCGGGUUCAUCCAGAACUGGUCGGGAUAAUUGUAGUCGUUGAUAAACCUUGGAAUGACCGAGCACACUUCGUCUUGAUUACUUGUCAUGCUGUUAGUUGAUCUCCGGUUUGGGUUUGGGUCAUCUUAGUGCGGUCAGAGCUUCAUGUCACGAGAGUCAUUUGUCAAUCAGGGAUGAUCUCGACUGUACGGUGCUUCCUGUACAGCAGGAAGAACGAG